CACACACAUUAACCAUGGUUACUUUUUCACUAUUCUGAAGACCUCAAAUCCAAACUUGAGCACAUGCAGUAAAUUGGGCAAGAAAAAUUAGAAACACAAGACACAAACAGCUAACAUAUCUUCUUCUGCUCUCCAAAUAAGAGAAAGGAGGCGACAAAUACUUCUUAUUGUUUUUGCUUCUGAUUUUUUUUUCUGAUUUUCUGUCACAGCAAUACAUACUUUAUAUCCCAAAGUGGUUGAGCCCGAGAUGCUGAUACCUUGUGUUUGAGAUCUGAGAUUAAGAACUGCGGCUUAUUGGGAUUUUAAGAGUAGAGGUUGAAUUUCUGUGAUGAAGUGAUGUUGGGUUGGUUUGUGAGAUGAGUUUCGUAACCCUAAUUUGGAAAUUUUCAAUCGGGAACUACUUUAUAUUUGUUGUUUUUCUCAAUUAUUUGGGUUUUUGAAGUUGAACAACCAUUAAGAAUUGGGUUUAGAAAUUGGCAUGGGGGUUGUUGGUUGGAGUAAUGAGGAAAAGGCGAUGGCGGCGGCAGUAUUGGGAACUAAGGCUUUUGAUUACUUGAUGUCGAGCUCAGUUUCUGCUGAGUGCUCAUUAAUGGCGAUGGGGAAUAAUGGGAAUUUGCAGAAUAAGCUCGCAGAUCUUGUUGAGCGCCCAAAUUCUUCCAAUUUUUGUUGGAAUUAUGCAAUUUUCUGGCAGCUCUCUAGGUCCAAGUCUGGACACUUGGUGUUAGGAUGGGGCGAUGGGUGUUGUCGAGAGCCUCGUGAGGACGAGGAAUCUGAGGUCACUCGAAUUCUCAAAAUGAGACUCGAGGAUGAAUCUCAGCAGACAAUGAGGAAAAGGGUUCUCCAAAGGCUGCAUACUUUGUUUGGAGGAGGCGAUGAGGAGAAUUAUGCGUUUGGAUUGGAUAAGGUAACUGACACUGAGAUGUUCUUCCUAGCAUCAAUGUAUUUUUCCUUCCCUAGGGGUGAAGGAGGCCCUGGGAGGUGUUUUGGAUCCAGCAAACAUGUCUGGUUGUCGGAUGCAUUGAAGUCAUCGGUUGAUUAUUGUGUUAGGUCAUUCCUUGCAAAGUCGGCUGGCAUGCAAACCAUGGUUUUGAUCCCAACUGAUGUCGGGGUGGUUGAAUUAGGGUCGGUCAGAUGUAUCCCGGAAAGUAUGGAGCUAAUCAAGGUGGUGGGAUCUUCCUUUUCGUCGUUUUCUUCACUCCUCAGGUCCAAGCAAGCUGCAGCUGCGGCUGUGCCGUCAGUAACGAAUAAAAAAGAUACGAAGGGCCCCAUUCCUAACUUGGCUAUUGGUAACCGACAAGAAAUCGUUCCCAAGAUUUUCGGGCAGGAAUUAAAUUCAAGUCAUGUGCAAUUUAGGGACAAUGUUUCCAAUAGGAAACCAGAAGUGCAAAUAAGGGCCUGGGACUCAAGUGGAAACAGGAACAAGCUACCAUUUGCCAACAACCGCAAUGGUUUUCAUGGUGCUAAGUGGACACAGUAUAGUAAUGUUAAGCUAGGGAAUGCAGUAGAGGUUUACAGUCCUCAGACUCCAGCCAAAAAGCGUGCUGAGAUUGUCAACGGGAAUAGAGAAGAAUUCAUGAUUAAUAAUUUUCUGAAUCAAAAGCCAGCUCAAAUGCAGAUAGAUUUUACUGGAGCAACCUCAAGGCCUUUAACCUCAUAUCUACAAAGUCUCGAGUCUGAGCUUUCAGAUGUUGAGGCUUCAUGCAAGGAAGAGGCUGCAGGCCUAUUAGAAGACAAGCGGCCGAGGAAGCGUGGUAGGAAACCUGCCAAUGGAAGAGAAGAACCCCUCAAUCAUGUAGAGGCAGAAAGACAGCGAAGAGAGAAGCUGAACCAGCGCUUCUACGCUCUACGAGCUGUUGUACCGAAUAUCUCUAAGAUGGACAAAGCUUCCCUACUUGGAGAUGCUAUUGCUUACAUAACUGAACUGCAGAAGAAGCUGAAUGACAUGGAGUUUGAGAGAGAAAGACUUGGCAGCAUAUCAAGAGAAGCAUCUGUUUCAGAAGUUAAUUCUAAUAGAGAAACACAAGACCUGCUGGCUUCGAGCAUCAACAUCGAAGCUGGCCGUGAAGAAGUCACCGUUAGGGUUAGCUGCCCGUUGAAUGCCCAUCCAGCAUCAAGAGUCAUCCAAGCAAUCAAUGAUGCACAGUCAACUAUCGUCGAUGCAAAAAUGGCUACAGUGAGUGAGCGAGUGUUCCACACAUUCAUUGUCAAAUCCAAUGGAUCCGAACAGCUAACUAAGGAGAAGCUGGUUGAAGCGUUUUCCCGUAGAUCCAGCUCUCCCCAUCAGUUAUCUCUCGGGUAGUAUUUAUGGCUUUGAACAAAGUAAGUUAGUUGCCAUAAUAUGCAGUGUAUCAUUAUAGAAAGCUUUUGAAGAGAUUUUGAUAUACAGCAGUUAAUGCUAGAAAUUGGGGAAGAAAACUUUCUUUUGACCUUCUAGGGUAGCAAAUAUGUAGUUGCUUAUAGUUUUACAUAUUUAGUCGAGUCAUAAGUCGCAAGAUUAAUCAAACCUAUCGACUUUAGAUGUCAUGCUCAUUUAUUUUCUUCUUUUUGGGUUUUUGGAAGCUGUA